AUGGAGAUCCCAAACAACGAAAGUCUCAAACUUCUCAAAACCCUAAACCCAUCUUCUCCUUCACCAUCAUCAUCCGUUGACGCAACCCUAACGUCUCCUUCUCCUCCUCGCUCAAAGAGUAAAUGCGCGAUUUGCUUGGAUGAGAUUAGGAAGGAAGAUGGUAAGGCGAUAUUUACUGCAGAGUGCUCACACUCGUUCCACUUUGAUUGCAUCACUUCCAAUGUGAAACACGGGAACAGGAUUUGCCCUUUGUGUAGAACUGAGUGGAAACAAGUCCCUUUGUUUGUUGCUGAUAACCGUGUCCCUGUCUCCACCAACUUUCCUGUUCAUCAGACUGGUUUUGAAGAUGAUGAGUCUUUACCUCAGGGAAGGGUGAGUGAUGUUGUUGCUGUUGGUCAACGUCAAGCUCUUGAGAUUAAACUUCUCCCACAAGUCUCUGCAGUGGAGAAAUCGGUUACUCGUGGUGAUUUUGCUGUUCUGGUUCAUCUCAAGGCGGAAGGUGUGAGUGAUGAUAGGCCAACAACUCGUGCUCCUUUGGAUCUCAUCACUGUUCUUGAUGUGAGUGGUAGCAUGGAAGGAAUGAAACUUGAGCUUUUGAAGAACGCUGUUGGGUUUGUGAUUGAUAAUCUCGGUGAGAACGAUAGGCUUUCUGUUAUUGCAUUCUCCUCCAAUGCUCGUCGGCUAUUCCCUCUUAGGCUGAUGACUGAGACAGGGAAGCAAGAAGCGAUCAGUGCUGUUAACUCCCUUGUUGCUGGAGGUGGGACUAACAUUGCAGAAGGGCUCAAGAUUGGUGCUAGAGUGAUUGCUGAUAGGAGAUGGAAGAAUCCUGUUUCAGGGAUGAUGCUUUUAUCAGAUGGACAAGAUAACUUCACUCUUUCUCGUUCUCAGCUAAGGUUAAGAACAGAUUACGAGUCUUUGCUUCCGAGUUCUGUUAAUAGGAUUCCGAUACAUACCUUUGGGUUCGGUGUGGAUCAUGAUGCUGAGCUUAUGCAUACUAUCUCACAAGUCUCUAGUGGAACCUUCUCGUUUAUUGAGACAGAGACUGUGAUUCAAGACGCUUUUGCGCAGUGUAUUGGUGGGCUUCUAAGUGUUGUGGUUCUUGAUCAAGUUGUUGAAAUCGAAUGUCUUCAUGAGGAUGGUCUUAAGAUAUCUUCUAUAAAAGCAGGAAGCUAUAGAAACAGAGUUUCAUCUGAUGGGAGAACCGCUAAGAUCGAUGUUGGUGACAUGUAUGCAGAGGAAGAAAGAGACUUCCUGGUGAUUCUUGAAAUCCCUCGUUGCGUUGAGGAACUAAUGUCGUUGCUGAAGAUCAGAUGCGUUUAUAAAGAUGCUGUAAGCAGAGAGAUAGUCCGUGUGGAGUCAGAAGAACUUACCAUUGAAAGGCCAAAGGAGCUAACGGGUGAAGAAGUGGUGUCUAUAGAAGUUGACAGGCAACUAAACAGGUUCCUUGUUUCAGAAGCUAUGUCUGAGGCUAGGGUUUUAGCAGACGGUGGUGAUCUGGAGGGAGCGGUUGUGAUUCUCAAAAACCGUGAGAGAGAGUUAGCAGAGACACAGUCUGCUAGGGCCAGUGAUGGGCUUUGUCAGUCAUUAGCUUCAGAGUUGAGUGCUUUGCAAGAAAGGAUGACGAGUAGGAGGAUGUAUGAGAGAUCAGGUCGAGCUUAUGCCUUCUCUAGCAUGAGUUCGCAUUCUGCACAAAGAGCAACGGCUCGUGGACCCCCUGUGGGAUGCGCCGCGCCGCCACGAGCUUAUCAGACGUCUUCAAUGGCUAGAAUGGUGAGUAGGUCUCAGGAACUAGGGAUUAGAAGCCCUAAACCGUCCUCUGCUCGUCGAGACCGUAGCUGAAAAUUUGAGAGAACAAGACUCUAGUAAUAAUGGUUGUGCUUUGCUUUGCUUUGUUUGAUUAAAAACUGAGUUGGUUUAGUUUCUAGGAACAUGGUUUCAUAUUGUGGGACAAGUGUUGUUUUUCUUUUAAUUAA